UUUCUCUCCCGGUCUCCAGAUGGCCUCAGCAACAGCAACCUAUGGGCAGAAGGAGUCUUCAGACCAGAACUUUGACUACAUGUUUAAGAUCCUGAUCAUUGGCAACAGCAGCGUAGGAAAGACCUCGUUCCUGUUCCGCUAUGCCGACGACUCCUUCACGCCAGCCUUCGUGAGCACGGUGGGAAUCGACUUCAAGGUCAAGACCAUCUACAGGAACGACAAGCGGAUCAAACUACAGAUCUGGGACACGGCGGGCCAGGAGCGCUAUCGGACCAUCACCACAGCGUACUACAGAGGAGCCAUGGGCUUCAUCCUCAUGUAUGACAUCACCAACGAGGACUCAUUCAACGCCGUCCAGGACUGGGCGACCCAGAUCAAGACGUACUCGUGGGACAACGCCCAGGUGCUGUUGGUGGGAAACAAGUGUGACAUGGAUGAUGAGCGGGUGGUGUCUGGAGACAGAGCCAGGCAGCUCUCAGACCACCUCGGUUUUGAAUUCUUUGAGGCCAGUGCCAAAGACAACAUCAACGUGAAGCAGACCUUCGAGCGGCUGGUGGACAUCAUCUGUGAGAAGAUGUCAGACAGCCUGGACAACGUGGAUCCGGCUGUCACUGGUGUCAAACAGGGGCCCCAGCUCACAGAGCAGGCCACCCCUCCUCGACAGGACUGUGCAUGCUAAAGAUGACUCAUCACCCCCCCGAUUUCCCACGUACAUACACACACACAAACACACACAAACACCCACCUGCUCCUCUUAUGGAACCCCAGGGCUCCAGGUCCUCACACGCUCAAAAUAACACGGACACGCAUACACACACACACACAGACAAACCUCUGAUGGGACCCCAGAACUCCAGGUCCUCACGCAGUCAACAUUAGACUCUCUCUCACUCACACACACACACAUACGCACAAACACACACACACACACACACACAAUUUUCCUGCUUAUUGUCAUCGGCUGAUAGGGACUGUUUGUUUACUGAGGGCCACAGGGUUAGAGCUGGGUUGAAAAUCAAAUAAAAGCUUUGAAUGAUAUUUUCUCAAUGUCAGCGGCAGUUAGCUUAUAUGCCCGUCGUUACCUAGCUUUUCAAAUUGCUUCAACCCAGCUUCUCUUACCCAUAAUCCCUUUGUUUUGUGUUAUUUUCCUCCCUCUUCGGUGUGCUCCCUGAUUCCUGAAUCCUGUCUCUUUUCUAUAGUCCGUUCAACAUUUACAGUCCUUCCAUUCCCACCAGGCCAACGUCUUCAGAAGAUGUCCGCCUGGUGAUUAAGAAUAGUACGGCUAAUAUAGUGUCCUGUUCUAUACCCGACUCAAUGUUUUAUAUGUAGUUAUACACAUAAACAGAAACAAUAUAUGUCUCAAUAUCUUCAUAGUUUGGUCCACUGUUGGUUUACGAGCCUCAGACUAGUUCUGCACUGCCUCCUUCAAAACAUAAAAUCCACUUAAGGUGUCUCGUUGUGGUUCUGCUAUGAGGGCUCAAGAGUGUCUCGUUGAGAGGUUAAUUUGACGCAGAGGGAACUUGACCAAGAUACAGAGCGAAAUCGGAUGACAGAUAACAUGGGCUAAUGGCCUUCCCCUGAAGAUGGCUUCUGUGGGACAUGAUGAAGGAAAGAUGACGUUUAUGACGUUUUUAGAUCCCUAGUAUUCAAGCUCAAUGCUGAGCAUCAAAGGUAAUACAGUCAGCCGUCAGGGCCAGGGGUUGACCAUGAGAUCGGGCCCUUGUUUGUUCUGGUUGCCUUCAACGCUAAACCUGAACCCAACCAAAUGAUACCUGAUCACAGGUAUCAUUUGACCAGCUAACGGCAUCUAGGGCACUCGCCUUCGAUGCCGUUGUCCUCCAUUGUUGUCGAGGAAGACAUGGAAACGGAUCACAGCGGCAUCCUGUUGCUUUAGUCAGCAGAAUCCAUCCUUAGAAUCGGCGCAUUACUUAUUCAUCAUAUUCCUUUUUUUUUGUUUUGUUUAGCGGUGCUGAGGCCGAGGAAGUUGACGCCCCCCCUGUAUAUGCAGUAGCUUCUUAAAGACUUUAAUCCACCGCUCUGUUGCUUAACAAAUAAGACAAACACUUACUACCAAUUUGGUCCUUCGGCUAGACAAGUUGAUCAACCUAUCCUUGACCACAAGGCGGAUCAUAAUCAAUUAAUGUAGAAGAAAACUCUGCUAGAUACUGCUUUAAGGACUGCAAUCUGCUAGAGAUAACACCACUUUCGGGAUUUCCUUUCAGGAAAAAGGGAUGCUGUUUUGAACUUCGCUGAAAUUCCGAUUAGAGAUCAUAGACACAACUUUCCAGGUUAGGAUCUCAUCAAAACACAGGCAUGUUGGCAAAGUAUUAAACCUGGGGAACGUACUGCUAUUGAAUGAUGUAUAACCCUUACCAGGACCCGUGAACAGCAAAAGUCUGAAAUCCAUUUAAAUAAAGUCCCAUGCCAAUUGUCUGGUUUGCAUAAGACAUUUGGUUAUGACAAAACAUAACACAUCCUGUUAACAUAAUAUUGUAAUAUGGAUAAAGUAAUUCAGGCUUAUCAUCCAAGUAACAUGUCUGGUGCAAAUAUGGCAAUCACUACGUUAAUAACAUCUCGAAUGCCAAAAAAAAACACAUUUACAGAACUGGUUGUCUAAAGCAUUGAAUUCUCAGACAAGAAAUGUUCAAUCCAAAGAAAGUAAUGUGUAUCUUGUCUAGACAUAAUAUCACAGAAAACGUCACAAUAUCUCAAUCCAGCUAUUGUUCUUAUUGUUUUAAAAAAAUGUUUUACUUGACUGUUGCCUCACUGGUCAUAUCCAGAGUUUUAUGUGUCUUCCUUUGCUUCUUGACCUGUUAAUACCUGAAUGUCCUGGCAUAUAUGUGGACAGUGUUGUUGACUUGACCCUACUUCUGUGUGACUCGGUUCAUAGCAAUAUACUCCACAUCUACACUAAAAGAAAACAAAAGCACGAAAAAAAAAUCAGUUUGAGCUGUCAAGUGAAGUCAGUGAUUAGAAAAAAAUCGGUUGAAGGUGUUUGUUUUCAAAAGUUCUGAGUUUAUUUAUAAAAGGGGGGGGGGGGAGUAGUGCUGCUUUCAAAAUAAUAUCCUGCAUCAUAGUUUAUAUAUCAGCCUAUACUAUUCCCUGAAGGAGAAUUGUAUUUCAGGUCACAUUACACCUGUUUACAAAACCAAAAACAUUUACACAGAUUGCAUUCAAAGUUGGAACCAUCGUAAUCAAUCGAGACCUACAGAAGUGAUGCUGUCAUGGUUCCAAAAAGUUCUAAUUCACAUCGUGCAGAGCCAUCAGGGGCAUGCAAAGCAUAAGCUUUAUUUCAAGACCUUUACCUGCAAGACCUUUAAGAGAGAAAACGCAUUCAGAGUGUAUUGUACUUCAGUAAGGACAUGUAUUUUGGGAAAUUAUAGUGAGGCAAAAGGUAAGAAGGACAUGUUGGGCGGAAAAGGUCGAGUUCAUAUCUCCUGCUUUGAGAGUAGGCUUGGUGACCCAUUCAACGUUGGCUUGGUGACCCAUCACAAAAAUCGAUAUUGUAGGGGAACUAACCAAAAUGAGUGGAAGCAGCCAACAUGAACAAACACCUACCAAUAGGCCCAAAUGCUUCACUUCAAAGUUGAAUAAUUAAUGGCAAACUCGUUUAUUAUCGUAAAAAAAAAAGAAACGAGCAGAGAAGGGAAGUCUAUGUUUCUUUGUUGUUUUCCAUUGUUCAUCCAUAGAUACUGUCCUCCCCGCAGGUACUGUUGACAUGGUUUACAUUUGAUUUGUACAUGUUUCUAUUGUGUGGAAUGAACUCUUAUGCAGUAGCCUAUAUGAAGGGAAUAUUGUGUCAAAGUGUUGAAAUGUUGAAAUAACUAAAGCAAAUUGCUCUAUAUGUUGUGGAAAAAUAAUUUAACAAAAAAAUAAAGGUUAUGAUGUUAAAAUAUAUUUUUUUCGAAAAAAGGUGCAUUUUGGUAUUCUAGACGUGUAGUCAAUGAAAUAAUGAUUAAUUCAUCCAUAUUCUAUGUUCUAGAUUCAUCAAACUCCUACCUAGCCAUACGAGCCCGUCUUUAUCACA